GGGGUAAAAGGGAAGUAAUAUACGUAAGUCGUCGGCAAUAUUUGUUUCUCUUUGCUGAGGCGAUACAACGGUCUCCUUAAAUUGCUUCAUCGGUUGAUCUCACCCAGAAUCCAUGGCUUCUAAUUCCCAACAAGAAGCUACCGGUGGGUCUCCGCCGCCUAAACCAUGGGAGCAAGCUGGAGGCACGUCUGCUUCCGGACCCUUUAAGCCACCCUCACCUGGAAGCACCAGUGAUGUGGUCGAGGCGUCUGGAACAUCACGGCCAGGUGUGAUUGUUUCAACUGCUGAUGCGACUGCUGCUGUGAAUAGAAAUACUGUUAGUAGGCCUUUACCCAGCAGGCCCUGGGAGCAACAGAAUUAUGGAAGCUCUUAUGGAGGGUAUGGUUCUGGCUUAAACCACAACUCGGGGUAUGGUUCUGGCUUAAACUACAACUCGGGGUAUGGUUCGGGAAUGUAUGGUUCAUCAUAUGGUGGAUUAGGUUCUUCUGGCGGUGGAUUGUAUGGAAACAACAUGUAUAGAGGAGGUUAUGGUGGUCUAUAUGGAAACUCUGGAAUGCCCGGUGGUGGAAUGAAUGGCAGUGGACUCGGUGGCUUUGGGGGUCCAAUGGGUGGUUAUGGGAUGGGUAUGGGUCCAUAUGGUGAACAAGAUCCAAAUAAUCCUUUUGGUGCUCCCCCAUCCCCACCAGGCUUUUGGAUGUCCUUCCUCCGCGUGAUGCAAGGUGUUGUUAACUGCUUUGGCCGGAUAUCUAUUCUGAUGGACCAGAAUACACAGGCAUUCCACAUGUUUAUGACUGCUCUUCUUCAGCUUUUUGAUCGUGGGGGACUAUUGUACGGAGAGUUGGCUAGAUUCGUGUUAAGACUGCUGGGAAUCAAAACAAAACCCCGAAAGCUUAAUCAAGCAGGUCCUCCCGGAUUCCCAGGACCCCAUAAUCCUCAUGGGAAUCAAAACUUCAUCGAGGGGCCCAAAGCUGCUCCAAGCGGUGCCUGGGACAAUGUAUGGGGAGAAAAUUAGUUAGACCAUCAACAACUAGAGAUUGACCUGAAAUUUAGAAAGGCUUGGCCAGAGCACAGAUGAGAUUAAUACAGCCACUUGCACCAGGUACUAUUCCUGCAUGAUGACGGCCAGGUGGAGCUCAUCCGAAGCAUGUGACCAUAGUAUUUUUCUGUUAAGUACUCCAAGUAGUGUGAAAAAAAUUAAGACAUAAUAACAGCCUUUAAAUGUACUAAUAGGCAUAUUGAAUGCUAAGGCAAUAAAAGUGUGAUUCAUUUGUUUGUGCUA